AUGACCCCUCCCUCAGCAGUCCUGCACCGCCACCUCCACCGUGUGCCGUACCUGGCGUCGUCUGGCAAGGGGAGCUACAUCACCCUCGAAGACGGCAGGCGCAUUCUCGAUGCCACCGGCGGUGCAGCCGUCUCAUGUCUGGGCCAUGGCCAUGAAUCAGUCACCCAGGCAAUGGUAUCUCAAAUAACCCAACUAUCCUACUGCCACACCGCGUUCUUCUCCAUCAAGCCAUUCGAAGAGCUCGCCGCCUUCCUCAGAGACUCGACCGGUGGCCGGAUGAGCAAAGUAUACAUCGUAGGAUCCGGCUCCGAAGCAAUGGAAGCCGCAAUGAAACUCGCAAGACAGUACUACCUCGAGCUCGACAACCCGCAGUCUCAACGCACAAGAUUCAUUGCGCGGAAACAAUCUUAUCAUGGCAUCACCCUCGGCGCUCUCUCCAUGGGCGGUCAUACAUUCAGACGCCAGCCAUUCGAGCCCAUUCUUCUCCCCAACGUCUCCCAUGUGUCUCCCUGUAACGCUUACCGGGGCCGGAGAGACGGUGAAUCAGACGCUGACUAUGUUGCACGUCUGGCUGAUGAGCUCGAUGGUGAGUUCAGGCGUCUCGGGCCAGAGACUGUUUGUGCCUUUGUUGCUGAACCUGUGGUUGGCGCGGCCUUGGGAUGCGUACCGUCAGUUCCUGGGUACUUGACCGCCAUGAAAUCCGUUUGUGACAAGUAUGGCGCGCUAUUCAUUCUGGACGAAGUAAUGUCUGGCAUGGGGCGGUGCGGGACUCUUCACACAUGGGAGCAGGAAGAUGUGGUCCCGGACAUGCAGACGAUUGGCAAGGGUCUAGGAGGCGGCUAUGCGCCGGUUGCCGGUUUACUGAUUGGCGAGAAGAUUGUCAAUGCGCUGGACAAAGGCACUGGUAGUUUCAGACACGGCCAUACUUAUCAGGGCCACCCGGUGUCUUCGGCGGCAGCGUUGGCGGUCCAGAAAGUCAUUCAGGGGGAGAAUCUACUUGAGAACGUUAGAAAGAUGGGCGACGUCUUGCAAAGUGAGCUGAAAAUGCGGUUAUCCAGCCAUCCGCAUGUAGGAGAUAUUCGCGGGAAGGGCCUUUUUUGGGGAAUUGAAUUUGUCAAAAAUAAAAUCACCAAAGAACCAUUCGAUCCUAGCCUAGGCAUUGGAUACAAAAUCCAAGAUAAAGGACUAACUCCUCCGUAUGGUAUCUCGAUAUACGGAGGACAGGGAACAGCAGACGGAAUCCAAGGUGAUCACGUCUUGCUUGCACCGCCGUAUAAUACCACCAAGGAAGAGAUAGUGCUAAUAGCGGAGCUUGUGCAAAGGGUUGUUGAGGAUACGUUUACUGAGGUUGAAGGUUUGUCUGGUUGA